CCAGAAAAAGGCCUUUAAGUGUAACUCAGUUUUAAAAGUGCUCUAUUUGUUCAUAUAUUUAUCCAAAUAUUAUAUCUUGGUGUUUGAUAAGAAAAUCGUGAGAAUAGUUGUUGUUGUAGUUGCAUAACCCCCGCGACCAUUGUAAGCGCCAAAAUAAGAACGUCCGAAGGAAACAACUACAGCAACAUCAAUCAACUCUAGUACGAAAAUUUCAUUGCCGCUUGUGCAAAACAAAAACAAAGAAGCGCAGAGCGAAUAUAAAAAAGAUUCCAUUGCCGGGAGCACAGCCGUUUCCCCGGCUCCGGGGCCCCACAGGCCGUCGAGCUACAAGCGCUCGUUGAUAUUAUUUUAAAGGGAAAAUCAAAAGUCGAUUAUGUCCCAAAAUCGUGAUACGCUGAUACAUUUACUAGCCGGCGCAUCCGCUGGCACAGUUGGUGCUGUGGUCACAUGUCCCUUGGAGGUGGUCAAAACGCGUCUGCAGAGCUCGACGGCGUUUCAGCCCACGGCGACGACGACACGCAUUGUCGAGCCAGUUGGCGGACCGGCGAAUGGCGGCGCCUCUGAGCUGUUGCGGCCGGAACAACGACGUAAGCUAAGCACAACGAUAUUACGUAACAGAUCACAGCCACAGGUGAUUGGGGGUGUGCGUAGGAUUAUGGCUAUAUCACAUUGCGGCAUCUCCUCGACUACCCCAAAAACCAUGAGUAUCAUGCAGUGUCUCCGAUACAUUGUACAAAACGAAGGUCCCCGCGCUCUGUUCAAAGGUCUUGGACCCAACCUGGUGGGCGUGGCCCCAUCGCGUGCCAUCUACUUUUCCACCUAUUCACAGACAAAGAACUCGCUCAACAGUUUGGGUUUCGUUGAGCGCGAUUCGCCCCUGGUUCACAUUAUGAGCGCUGCAAGCGCUGGAUUUGUCGCAUCGACGGCAACGAAUCCCAUUUGGUUUGUGAAGACGCGUUUGCAGCUGGACUACAACGCGAAGGUGCAAAUGACGGUGAGACAGUGCAUCGAGCGGGUCUAUGCACAGGGCGGCAUUGCUGCCUUCUACAAGGGCAUCACAGCGAGCUACUUUGGCAUCUGCGAGACGAUGGUGCACUUUGUCAUCUACGAGUUCAUCAAGUCGAAGCUGUUGGAGCAACGCAAUCAGCGGCAUUCGGAUACGAAGUCUUCAAGAGAUUUCCUCGAGUUCAUGAUGGCUGGCGCUGUAUCGAAAACAAUUGCCUCCUGCAUUGCUUAUCCACAUGAGGUGGCACGAACGCGUUUGCGCGAGGAGGGCAACAAAUACAAUAGCUUCUGGCAAACGCUGCACACGGUGUGGAAGGAGGAGGGUCGCGCCGGACUGUAUAGAGGCUUGGCCACGCAACUGGUGCGACAGAUACCCAACACGGCGAUCAUGAUGGCCACUUAUGAGGCGGUGGUUUACGUUUUGACGCGACGCUUUAACAAUAAAUCGAAUGAGUUUUACGAUUUUUAAGGAAACACCUUUAAUGCCACGCCUACUCAGACAGAAGGAGGGACUAGUUAACAGUGAAGAAACCCAAUCUGUGCAUAUAUGUAUAUAUGCAUAUAAAUAUCUAUGUGUAACCUAUAUAUAUAUUUGGUAGCGACUGCAGCAAACUUAUCUAUAAUUGUAAUUUAAAUGUGGUAUUGUUUAUGUUUUUCUAGGCGAUUUAACCAACGAGCCGAAAGGUUUUGGUUAAUUAGCUGCUAAGGCAACGAACUCUAGAGACUUAAAAUCAAAAACAAAACGUUGACCGCACGAAUUAUAUAUAUUCUACAAUAUCUGAAAAGCAAGGCCAAAAACAAACAAACAAACAAACAAAAAAGGAAGAAAUAUAUUAAGUAACUAAAUUUCAAUUGAGUUGAAAAGGAUUCGCAAGCGUUAUUCAUGUUCAAAAAGGCUAAUUAGUUAAAGAUUAAAUAUAUAACUAAAAACAAGGAUUGAUAUUUUGAUAUAUAAAUUCACAUGUAUAUAGAGUUUUAGCAUACUUCCAAACAAAAAUAAACACACAUAUAUAAAUAUAUAUUUAUCAUGUACAUUAUAGUUGAGGAAAAGAUGAAUGUGAGAAACGUUAUAUGUGUAUAUAAAGGCAUAUGUAACAAACUGCUUAUAAUAUAGUUUAUCUCGUUGCCUUCCUAGUUUUUAGAUUUAAGUAAGCACAAUUUGUAGUAAUGACAAGAGAUCGCAGUCAUUAGGCGCGCAAAUUUGCCGUCGUAUAUAUAUAUAUAUAUAAUUAUGUACACAUAU